UGUCGGCAAUGUCGCAACGAUGACUUCGUCAGCCUCUUUCCGUGUCUUUUUGGGGAAAUGUGACGGGGUCGAUUUGCGUUUUGCGGAUUCGUUUCACUGUCGACAUGCAUUUUGCGAAACAAACAUAAUGAAGGACAAACCAUGGACAGGUUGUGAGUGGACCAGAACUUAACAUCUUCCCUUUUUGGAUUGGGACACACAGAGACAAGUGAGGAACCUAAACUCAUUCUCAGUCGCCGCUCAAGGUUUGACCCUUGGGUUUUUCUAUCUUUGUGCUGCUGGUAAGAAAAGGUAAAAAGUACGUCAAGAGAGGGUCUCCUAAGCAGACAGCGACCCCCCUCCCAAAGGUGAGAGGGGGGGGGAGAAGAUGGCAGCUCUUGCCAGUUCUCUCAUCAGACAAAAACGGGCAGUCAAGGACGACCAGGCCAACCGACCGAUAGCGAACAAACGCAAGCCGUGCCCCAAGAGCAACAAGUCUCUUUGCCAGAAACAAAUUCUCGUUCUUAUAUCAAAAGUACGGCUAUGUGGCGGUCACAGAGGAAGAACAGACAAAAGACCGGAGCCGCAGCUGAAAGGCAUCGUCACCCGUCUGUACAGUCAGCACGGGUAUUACCUGCAGAUGCUGCCGGAUGGCACCAUGGACGGCAUAAGGGACGAGAACAGCUGCUUCUCACAGUUCAACUUGAUUCCUGUGGGUCUCCGGAUAGUGGCGAUCCAGGGAGCGAAGACUGGCUUCUACCUCGGUAUGAACAGCGAGGGGUACCUCUACACCUCCGAGAACUUCAACCCCGAGUGUAAAUUCAAAGAGAGCGUGUUUGAGAAUUACUACGUGACGUACUCCUCCAUGCUGUACCGCCAAAGCCAGUCGGGACGGUCGUGGUAUAUUGGCAUCAACCGGGAUGGCCAAGUGAUGAAGGGCAACCGCGUGAAGAAGACCAAAGCGGCCGCACACUUCCUACCUAAAGUAAUCGAAGUGGCCAUGUACAAGGAACCUUCACUGCAUGAGCUUGUUGCCGAGCAGAGUCCUCCGCGCAAAACCGUAAAGACUUCAGACUCCCCCUCCCACCAGAACGGCAGGAAAGACGCCCCCAGAGCCGAUGCUUCAUAGCACGGGGGCCACAUACAGGGAGGGUGAUGGACUACAGUGAUAUUGAUAACUCUACUUCCCAUGAUGCAACGGGGCAGGAAGAGUUGUAUGAGUGGGGCAAGAUCAGCUCUCUACAGGGCGAGGGGACACCUAUCUUUCUUUGGCGAACCAGACACCUGUUACUCCCCUGCAAAAUCAUGUUCCACUAACAGGCCCUUUAUGAAACCCAGCGGUGUCACUCUGCCUAUAGCUGUAAAGGCAAAUACAAGAAUUAUCCAUCCUGGGUUUCCACUAAAUAUUGACUUUCUUUCCCUGUGGUUUCCUUUGUUUAGAUGAAGUGUUUGGUGAGACUGAGCAUGAAAGCGAGAGAGAGAAAGAUUCUUUUUUUAACAUCGUAAUUUUGAUUCGACAUAUGAGACCCUUGCUGGUUCAUUUUUCCCAUGCCAUUAGGUUACGAACAACUGUGCCAGUCGGAGCCUUAAACAAAAGGAGGGAAAUAUUUGUAUUUAUUGCACCCUUCAAGUAGGAUCCAUUUUUUAUUGGCCAGCAGGUGUAGAUAUCAUUUUACAUAACAUUUGUGCACUUGGCAGCGCAUUUUGCAUUCAAAUUAAACAUUUAAUCAGAACACUGUCAGUAAAGGUGGUAUAUAUACCCUAGCUCUCACUGGGGCAGUACCCUUUUAAAACGUACACCUUUGUACCUAACGAUUUCAUAUUAGUACCUCAGAGGUACAUAUUGCCACCAAAAGUAGACAUAUUUGUACCUAAUUGUACAUAUUAGGUACUGCCCAAUUGACAGCUGGGGUUCAUGUUUUGGACCGUAUGUGUGAUCCUGCUAUCGAACCCAUGACCUCUGCGUUGCUAAUAAAUCCGGACAGAACAGAACAAAUAUUUCACUUUAAUCCAAUCUUACUCUAUAAACAAAAACAGCCAUUACAUGAAACCAAAUGCAGUAGAUUUACUUUUUCUCAUUCUAAACAAAACCAGACUUAAUGAUGAUGACAGCGAUAAUGAGUUAAGAGUGAAUUCACAACCCCAAGCAUCUGUCUUUGGCUUGAACACAGCAUUCACCUGCAGGCAAAAAAAGUCUCUUGUGACAACUCUAUUCAUGUUUAAUGGCCAAUGGGAUUCAGCCGUAUCAUUGGCAGUCGAGCUGUUUGAUGGAUCUUUGAUGGAAUUCUUACAGGAAUCCAGCCAUGAUUGCUUGAAUUAUUUACUCCUGUUCCCGCGAACAUUCGGCUCGUUCAACCAGCGCGGACAAGAGAUUUUAAUGUGCACAUUUAAAUUGAGGAGAGCAGAUCAAGUGUUUGAAAGCUUUAGUAUGUGUCUUGGAGUGUGAAAAGGACAGAAUGACGUGAAAUUAACAUAUGCCUCUGUUAUUUAUUUGUGUGUGUGUGUGUGUGUGGUGUGGGCACACGUGUGUAAACACUUGGCUCGCACCCACAGUUGAUCAUUUUAAUGGUUUAGUCAAGUCGGGGCAUUUUAAUCUGCUCUUUGUGAUUCCACAGGCAUCUUUCUUGCUGCAAAAAACAGCAUCGGCUUCCAUUUUAUCCAUUUAUGCUAGUUAAAAACACACCUUAUUCUGUUUUUUUUCAGUAAGGGUGACUAUUUGUACCUGGCUCACACACACACCCAUGCCUAAAUCGUUUAAUGGUUGUUUGUCCAUCUUUUGAGCUCUUCUGUCCCUAAUAAGGAGGUAAGGACUCUUGUCCUGCUUUGGUAUUGCAGCAAGCACUGUGGCUGCAGAUGGUGCGAUCUGAUUGGCUGCAGCUAUUGUCAGUCAAGUUAAAUUGCAAGACAACAGCGCAGAGACAUAGAGGGUGUGUGAGCUUCAUGUGUACGUGUUUGUGUGGCAUAGUCACCUUGUUGUCCUUGAGCUAUGGCCUGAUUAUCUGUUCUGGACACCCAGACAGCAAAAAAAAAGAAGAAAAAAAGGAUAUAUUUAGGGAUGUGCAACAGAAAAUCGGAAGAAUGUUAAUGGGGGUCAGUGCAUGUUGCAGAAUGUUUUCAGUAUGUAGAGAAACGGUGUGCGUAUGUCGCCAAUUGUCUCAAUAAGGUGUUCAUAGAAAUAUAAAAGGGAAUGUGUGUAGCAGACGUAACCGGAUUAA